AUGUCGCUGUUCUUCACUACCCUAUUUACAACCAUUGACGGAUCAAUCUUCAAAGACCCACCGAUUACCGUCAAUAUAACAAAUGUUCUAAAAAGUCACAAUCAACUCACUAUUCACUGCAAAUCCGGCGAUGAUGACUUGGGAAUCCACCAGCUCCCGUUUUUGGGCGGCUACGCCUUCACCUUUCGACCAAACUUUUGGGGCUCAACACAAUUUUACUGUACCUUUCAAUGGCAUGGGUUUUCGCAGUACUUUGAUAUCUACAAGGAUAACAGAGAUAGAAUGAAAUGCAACAAAACUCUGUGCUUGUGGAUUGUGGGAGAACAAG